GGUGAACGGUUCGGUACGAACGGUGCUGCUCUGCUAGGUAUCGUGUGUAAAACUGCCCUGUUGGAAUUUGUUCCAAUUAGAUUUUUCCGUAUCGUCGCAGCACGUUUCGCAAAUGGAUUGAGCAGAUAAUGUCGGCAAUUGAAAAGAUGAAUUAACGCAAAACUGGUCGAUAGUAAUAAGUGAAACUGUGCCCUGCAGCGGCCGAAAAAACAUUGCGGCAACAUGCUGAUGUCUUUGCAUUCGUCUUUUGUGUUUUAUUGACACCGUGUCAUCCAUCUAUAGACAACGGAGGAGUGUGCUGUGUGUAUGUGAGAGCCUGUCGAAGAAUAUUGUUUUGCAAGUAGGUACACAUAGAACGCGAGAAAGGUUUGAUUUGCGUAGGUUUCACUGUUUGGUGUUCCGACUGGGUUUAUAUCAAUAGAUUAAUAAAGAAAGCAAUGGAAAGUGUUUGAAGGGUAGUGAUUGGAGUGAUGAGCUAGUUAGGCAUUGUGGAAAAAAAAUAAUAAUCCGGAAAUACCACUUCAAGUGGAAAUACAAGUAGAAGUUGAGUAGUGCGUACGUGUACAAAAGGAAGGCGCUCCCGAAGAGAGAGUUGUUUUCGGGAAGUGCAGUAAAACAUAAAUGAUAAUGAUAAUCAGCAAAUCGUAAAACCAUCGUGUCUGCGCUCCAUGGGAUAAUUUCUAUUUAGUUUUCUCAUCAGACCAAUAUUUGAAAAAUAAAUAUAGCGCUCCAUUUGCACGGUAAUGGAAAUAGCAGCGUUUUCGAGGUCGUCAACAGUCAGCUAAUUGGUGGCACAGAAGAAAAUUGGGUAAAGUGGAAUCAUUUCGGAUGUGUGGACUGUGGAGAAACCCGUAAACUAAGCUACGAAAGUGGUUGUUAUCAUAUGUGAUUGGUGUGGACUCUGCAGUGGUAUUGAAUUGUCGACGUUGCGUUGUCCGCUCGCAGUCGGGGUGCAAUCUUAAGUGCUGCUGGCUUCCGCUGGUGCUGCUGUUGCUGCUGCUUUCCUCUACCCUUUUCACGACAAGCCUGAAGCGAAACAGGAAAAACUUCGCGUGGCAAUCAAAAAGUCGACAUAACCACUCGAACGGCGAUACCUUUGAAAAGGCGAAACUCAGCUGCUGCACACACAUACGUCGCCGCUUGUACGCCGUCUCUGCCUACCAUCUACCGCACCACACCGCACCGCUCGAUCGGUUGACCGGCCACUGUACUUCGAAACAGUUCGGCGAUGAGUUAAGAUACCGGUGUACCCCGCCCUACUAAUUAGUAUUGAUUUGAUUUUCCGUGAAGAAACUAAUCGCCGUCGAAUUAACCGGAAUUGUCGGAAUUCAACGUUAAACGAAAAGAGCUGCUGAAAAAAAGCCCGGGCGCGCACAUGUGUUAUAUGUUUAUUUGGUUUGAUGCCGACAACGGUUUUUCGAUUUUUCCGAAUACAUAAAGCAGUGCUCAGUGCAUUCGUCAGUUUUUUUGCAGUUAAUUCUUAGUGUAGCGUGAAAUAAAAAAAAUUCAUGGAAACAAAAUAUUUAUUGUGUUGUCGGAUUUGCUACGGCUGCUGAAAAAGGUCUACGGGGCACGGUAGCGAAAAUCCUUCCCUAUUCGCCGUUUUUUUCGUGCAUGUGCACUCGACGGGGUAAGCCGGAUUGCAGUAGUGGCAGCAAGCGUGUAUCUGUCUUAGACAGACAGACAGACGGUGUGAUGUGUUAAUGAAAUUCAAUUCCUAUUUAUCGCAGUUGGUCACCGGAAGCGUUCCGCUGUACAGCUAACAGUGGCUCGCACCUGACUGUGCGGUAAAGUGAGUGUGUUUUGCAGUUGCAGUGCGGAAGAGAAGAAUCUCAGCCAUUCCGUGUGUUCCGGUGCGCUAGUGGUGUGCUUUCAGCUGCCGACAGCUACAACUUUAUCAGCAGCGAUCCCACCGAUACAACUGGUGGUUGGUGGCAUCGUUCCCCCGUACCUCGCUUGCUUCGGUGCAAAAUGUCCAACAUCAACUAUUCGAGAAUGUUCCGGGGAAAAAUACGUACCAACACCUGUAGGAUUAUACUGCUGACUUCACUGGUGUGGCUACUCAUCGACGUGGUACUGAUAAUGAAUUACGCUGAUUGCCUGGGAGGGUCCAGUUGGCUCUGCAAACGGCCGGGAGAGUAUGAUGUCGAGCUACCGCACAGUGCACAGCUGCGUCAUCAUCCCGCCGGACGGGGCAGCCUCGCCGAGGAUGACGACCCCAUUGUGGACGAGGAGGAGAUCGAUACCAAUUCGAACAACUUGGGCGAGCAAGGACCGGACAGUUCGAUGCCGCGGACGUACCGCCCACAGGAGCUGAAAAAGUGGCGCCCGGUCCCGCAGGUCGGCGAAAACUACGGCAAGCCCGGUGAAAUGGGCAAACCGGUGAAAAUUCCACCCAACCAGCAGGAGCUGAUGAAGGAGAAGUUCAAGGAGAAUCAGUUCAACCUACUGGCCAGCGAUAUGAUCUGGCUGAAUCGGUCACUGACGGACGUGCGGCAUCACGAUUGCAAAAAGAAACAUUACCCAGCGAAGCUGCCGACCACUUCGAUAGUGAUAGUUUUCCACAAUGAGGCGUGGAGUACCUUGCUCCGAACGAUUUGGAGUGUCAUCAACCGGUCGCCCCGGCCGCUGCUCAAGGAGAUCAUUCUAGUGGAUGACGCCAGCGAGCGGGAACACCUCGGUGAGCAGCUGGAGGACUACGUCCAGACGCUACCGGUGCGCACCUACGUGCUGCGAACCGGCAAACGAUCCGGACUGAUUCGAGCGAGACUGCUGGGUGCCAAACAUGUGAAGGGUCAAGUCAUAACCUUCCUGGACGCCCAUUGCGAAUGUACCGAGGGUUGGCUGGAACCUCUGCUGGCACGUAUCGUGCUGGAUCGUAAGACUGUCGUAUGUCCAAUUAUCGAUGUCAUAUCGGAUGAAACAUUCGAGUAUGUAACGGCCUCGGAUCAAACCUGGGGCGGUUUCAACUGGAAGUUGAACUUCAGAUGGUACAGAGUACCAGCACGGGAAAUGCAGCGAAGAAACCACGAUCGGACAGCCCCACUGCGAACGCCAACGAUGGCAGGUGGACUGUUUUCGAUCGAUCGGGAUUAUUUCUAUGAGAUUGGUUCGUAUGAUGAAGGCAUGGACAUCUGGGGAGGUGAAAACCUAGAAAUGUCCUUCAGGGUAUGGAUGUGCGGUGGAACGCUGGAAAUCGCACCCUGUUCACGGGUUGGUCACGUUUUCCGCAAGUCAACACCGUACUCCUUCCCGGGCGGAACAUCGCAGAUCGUUAACAAAAAUAACGCCCGCUUGGCGGAAGUGUGGCUCGACGGCUGGAGUGAAUUUUACUACAAUAUUAACCCAGGCGCACGGAAGGCUUCCGCUGGGGACGUCAGCGAACGGAGAGCACUCCGCGAGCGGCUGAAGUGCAAGAGCUUCCGAUGGUACCUGGAAAAUAUCUACCCGGAGAGCCAGAUGCCGCUGGAUUACUACUUCCUGGGCGAGAUUCGCAACGUUGAGACGCAGAACUGUCUCGACACGAUGGGACGCAAAUCGAACGAGAAGAUAGGCAGCAGCUACUGCCACGGUUUGGGCGGAAAUCAGGUGUUCGCCUACACCAAGCGCCACCAGGUGAUGUCCGAUGACAACUGUCUGGACGCAUCGAACGCACUGGGACCGGUCAAUCUGGUGCGGUGUCACGGGAUGGGCGGCAACCAGGAGUGGGUGUACGACGAUGAGGAUAAGACUAUUAAGCACGUCAACAGCGGAAACUGCCUGACGCGACCCUCCACUGACGACCCCACCACGCCGCUGCUUCGGCCGUGCAACUACUCGAAGGGUCAGCAGUGGUUGAUGCAAUCCAAAUUCAAAUGGCAGGCCGGACACGAUAAUCGGAUCAACAGCGACGACAGAUAAAAGUGACCCCGGAAGCCCGCGAAAUCAUCAUCACUCGCCGUCUCGUCGUCGUCCUCCAUUUCCAUCCACAGAAGAAGUACCGCACUACACGGCAGCAGCAACACGACGAUGACGAGGGGACCGGCAUUGGCUAUUCGAAGCCACCAACGACGACGGCACAAUGGCGUCAUGACUAUGGAGAAUUGAAACUGUGAUUCCUGUGUACUCCUUUGUAGCAGAGCAGAGCGGAAAUAUCACCAACAAAACGGAUGUCAUCGUAGUAGUAUUUUGAGUUGUUCCCCCUAAUAGCGCUCCUUUGGUUUUAGUCUACUUAUAAUAACUAACUGUAUGAUAGGCAUUAGUGAAGUUAGACAUAUUUUAAUUAAAAACUGACUCUAGGCUUUAGUUUAUUGAUAGCUGCUUUAGCGCACGGGGGUAUCUUUUUUAUAGAGAAAUUGGGUAUGUGCGUUUGAAUUUGUGUGCAUGAAGUGGCAUAAAAAGAAGGAUACAUUAGAAAAGCACAAAAUUCUGAACGUUACUAUGCUUCGGGUGAAUGAAUUUUAUCGGUGUUACAUCGCUAAAAUAUAGAAAAAUGUGUUAUAGACAUAUUGCUGUAGAGAAUUACAAUUGUUUCGAGCCGAUACGGGAUGGAAUUAUUCGCUAAGCAUUGUACAUAAUAAGGAGCCACUACCAGAGCACUGUUUUCCCCAAUUCCAUUUGCGUUGACUGAGCGCGUGCAGAUUUGUGACACACUGGCGAAUGGAGCUUUUACCAAUUAGCACCCCAGAAGCGGAAAUGUUCCUACCCAUCACAUAUAACUCCAACCAUGUUGGAAGAACGACUAGCGUUGAGAGAAAGCUCGAUUUAAAUUCUGACUGAAUCUUCAAUAUUUGCUGCCAUGCUGUGCUAUUCAGAACGAACUGAACCGUUCAAAUUGAACAGCAUGGCGUGGUACAGCAUCGUUGGGCAGCAAAAUAAAAAAUAGAAGAAAAAUAGUGCGCUUGCCACGGUGCAACGCACAUAAAACUAUCAGCAUAUCAAAGACAAUGAAUAAAGCAAACUUAUCCGGUAUAAAUUACCAGGAUCAAAACGUAACACUUUCACAUUUGUUUUGCAAUCUGAAAAUCUAUGGCCAGCUCCAGCGAUUUAAAAAAUCAUUUCGUCAUACGACGUAUCAUUGAUCAAAAA